UGUGUCUCACACACACGCCCACACCCCCCCCCCUAAGAUAACACAGGGUGCAGCUGGAUGAACGCAGCAACUCAGAAGCACAAAAACUGACGUUUCGGGCCUAGACCCUUCAUCGGAGAGGGUUGUGAAAUAAAUAGGGAGAGAGGAGCAAGUGAACCACACGCCCCCCGCCUCAGGUUUAACUUAUCGUUGAAGGACAGACGCUCCAGCUCAUCGUCAGCCACGUGAGCGAACCAACGUACAUGCGCUGGCGACUUCACAACAGGAAGUUGAGGCUCGAGGUGACGGUGACUCUUGGUAACGGAGGACUCGAGCAUUUCUGGGCAACAGACUUUAUUUUCUGGUGCUGCAUCCGUUCGUUUCUUUUUGCAGCACAGCCGGAUCUUGUGGGUGUGUUGCGCCUGGAGGAGACCCGUGGGCCGCUCCUUCACUGUCAUCAUUCGAAGUGAGGUUCAUCGUAGGUGUUGACAGAAAAGCAAAGUAUCACGGAUGCCGGAAACCCUACAGAAAAACUUAGGAAAUACGGAACAGGUCUGGCAUUAUUUACAGAGAGAAAAAGAUAAUUAAAGUUUCAGAUCAGAAAGUUGGUCGUAUCAAGUAACACGGCUUGUUGGAUACCGGAGCACCGGCUCAGGAUCGAGCCUUUCGAUCUUUAGAGACCAAGAACCUCAUCAUUGAGAUGGUCUUUUGGCAGAGUGAUAAUGCCCCUAUCCCUGAGCCAGGAGGUCUGGUUUUAAGUCCAAUUUAUUCUAGAGACCUGCAGAAUGGACUUCACUGAGGCGUACUCUAAUACUUGUUCAGCUGCUGGAUAUGCUGUAAAAAAUGGAAAUGUAGAACUUCUGAAAACCUUGAUUCAGAAAGGUUAUAGUCUUGACAUUGCUGACAACCGUGGUUGGUGUCCAAUCCAUGAAGCUGCAACUCACAAAUCUUUGAGAUGCUUGAAACUCUUAAUACAUGCAGCUUCUUCUGCUCAGUGCAUAGAUCUAAAGACUUUUGAAGGUGAAACAGCUUUACAUCUUGCUGCAAAAUGUGGCCAUUUAAAAAUUGUUCAGAUUCUGCUAAAGGCCGGGGCAAAUCUGAAUGCCAUCACAAAUGAAAACGUAACACCGCUUUUUUUAGCAACUGAGAAAGGUGACAUUGCUGUUAUAAAGACACUUUUAAAGCAUGGAGCAAGAAUUAAUGGACCACAUUCUGCAUGUUUAUGGAGUGUUCUGCAUCAGGCUGCUUAUCAGGAACACUUAGAAAUACUGAAGCUCUUGCUUGAAAAAGGAGCUGAUAAACAAGCCAGGGAUGAUUAUGGGAUAACUCCGUUGUUUCUUGCUGCUCAGUAUGGAAAACAGGAAAGUCUAAGAGUUCUUCUGCAAUAUGGGAGUGAUGUUAAUUGCCAGGCCUUUGAUAAGGCCACACCUUUGUUCAUAGCAGCUCAGGAAGGCCACGUAGAAUGUGUUGAACUGCUGUUGUCAAAUGGUGCUGAUGCAAACCUUUACUGUAGUGAAGACGAUUGGCAGUUGCCCAUUCAUGCUGCUGCCCAGAUGGGGAAGGUCAAAGUGUUGGAAUUCUUGAUACCAAUCACAGAUCGAAUAUGUGAUACAGGGAGGAAUAAAGUGAGCCCAGUCUAUUCAGCAGUGUAUGGAGGACAGCAGAAGUGCUUAAAAAUGUUGUUACAGGCAGGUUACAGUCCCAAUGCCCAGGAGUGCCCAUUGUAUGACUGCCUGUCGCCAUUGUGCAUGGCUUUUUCUCGGAGGUUUUUUGCAAUUGUUUACAUCCUUCUUCAAGCUGGAGCUAUUGUAACAGGUCUUCAUUAUUGUUAUUGCCUGCAAUAUCAAUGCUUCCAUUUGCUGCAGUUUCUUCUGGCAAAGGGUUACCCAUUACCAUUGGGCAGUCAUUUGGCUGAUGUUGUAAAGUAUGGAUUAUUAUCAGAACAUCAGUACAAGCAGUGGUUGCCUCACCUAUUACUAGCUGGAUUGAAUCCUGUUGAUCUGCUUAGUGAAACAUGGUUAAAUACUGCCAGUGAUAACAUGCUUAACUUUACACUUGAAUUCACAAACUGGAAGAGGCUUCCAACAGUUGUGGAGCAGAUUCUUUACUGUCGCAGAGCAAACUCUACUUGGGUUCAUCAGAAAUAUUUUGAUGACAUACCUUCGUUGACGCACCUUUGUCGUUUAAAAAUUCGAUCAACUCUAAAAAGUGAAUUUCUUCGUUCUGAUAAAUUUAUUUGUCAAUUGCCACUCCCUGUCUGUCUGCAUGAUUUUCUUCUUUAUAAAGAAGUAUUGAAAUUAUAUGGCGUUCCAGAAAUUUCAGAGAGCCAAGAAGAAAUCCAAAGAGAACAUGGUUACAUUUAAUAUUCAUACAACUGAUCAUGGAAAACAUCUGACGUGUGAGAGAAAGAAGAAAAAGAAACGAUGAAUCGUCAGCAGCGGGAGUGUCUUUUCACCAUUGCCAUUGAAGACGUGAAAAACAAGACGAUGUGGAUGACCAGGAUGGAAUGAUUAGAGAUAACAUAUGAAUGAACAAAGAAAGUAGUGUUGGUGACAGACUUCCAAGCAGAGUGUGUUCAGACACAGAUUGUGAUGACACGAAGAAAUAAAACCAGUUACCUACUGGAGAUACCUUU